AAUCAACAAUGGUACUUUUUACCAUAUUGAAAAUACUCCCAUUUUUCUUCACUGUGACAUUCGGUCAAGGAAAUAUUACCACUAACGAGCUACUGCAAGAUCGUUCGAAAUAUGGCGGGAACAUCACCUUUGACGACCCGGGCAGGCCGACCCUCGCGUACCCAACCUCCCUUGGUUUCCUGUUCAUCUUCAUAACCAUCCUUAUCGGCGUUGUAGUAAGAGCUAUAAUGCUAUCAACCAGCAUGUGCAUACCAUACCGCGUAGUGAUGUUCUGCCUUGGCGGAUUAGCUGGAUUCUGCGCCAACCGCUUUCCAGACUUCAAACCCUUCGUAGAUAUCUGUUACGUCGAUGUUGACGUCCUUUUACUAACAUUCCUACCUAUAAUCGUCUUUAACACGUCCUACAAUGUGGACUCCCAUUCGUUUUGGAGAUGCUUCCCCCAAAUUUUGCUCGUCGGAGUACCAGGGGCGUUGCUAACUGCUCUUAUGGCCGCGUUCAUAGCGUACCACCUGAUAGAUUCUUCGUGGAAUCUCCCUACUGCCAUCUUGUUUGGGGUCGUAUGCUCUCCGAUAUAUCCCAUGGAAGUAGUGAAACAGUUGAAGGAGAUGACCAAAGGGAAGUACAUAAGCGUGCUGCUACUGGGUGAAGGGUUAAUAGGAGAUGCGACGGUCAUGAUCGAGUUUACAGCAGUUUUUGGGUACUUAGCUUUGGCGGUUACUGAUGCGUCCCAGAUAGCAUUGCUUUUGCUUCGGUACGCUGGCGGAGGGCUUCUUCUUGGCUUUGCUAUGGGGAAGAUAUCAGGGACUUUACUGUCUCUGACCUAUUACGACCUGUUAUGUGCUGUGACUGUGACGCUGUCUACUGCCUACCUCACGUAUUACAUAGGAGAGAAGUUCCUAUACGUGUCUGGACUCUUGGGGACUGUCAUAGCUGGUGUGCUAGUGAGCUAUAGGAAGUCGACUGUGGCGGGGGAGGUGGAGCAGGUGGUGGCUCACUUCUGGAGCAUACUGGCUCAUACGGCGAAUACCCUCGUGUUUACGAUGGUGGGGGUGGUGAUAUUCGAGAAAGUGAGCUAUGGGAUGAGCAUGCGCCAAGUGUCGCUGGUGUUUGUGACGUAUACCACUGUGUAUUGUUCCAGGCUGCUGGUGUACACAGCCAUGAUGCCGCUUCUCCGCCACGUGGGCUACGGCAUGACCUGGCAACACUGCAUGGCUUGCGUGUGGGGCGGUCUCAGAGGCCCGCUCUCCCUGUGCCUAUCGCUGAUCAUCCUCCACAUCCCUACUGUGGCUGACGCUGGUGACAUCUUCAUAAUCCAAACGGCUGGACUGGUUCUUCUCUCCCUACUAAUCAAUGCCACCACCAUGGGCAAGGUUCUCAAGAUGCUUGGCCUGGCCGAGAUCUCUCUGGCCAAGAAAGCGAACAUGACGAACUGCGUCAAGCGCAUCAUGAUGACCAGGGACCGGUGCAUAUCCAUGCUGAAGAUGGACAAGUUCUUGGCUGAUGCUAACUGGGAUUUGGUUCAAGAAGGUACCACAAUAAAGCACCCGUACCAGCUCCAAAUAUCCGGUCGGGAGGAAGACAGCGAAGAUGACACGUACAUGGGGUACCACUACUCCACGUGUCCCGACUGCGAGCGAGAGAUUCCCAACGAGCCUACGAAGAAGGAAUUCACUGAGAUGAUGAGGGAAGCUAACCAACGGGUCCUCAAAGCUAUGAAGAUAUCCUACUGGCGCCAGUACGAGCACGGUAAGAUAAGCAAAGACGGCGUCAGGACGCUCGUGCAAGCCGUCGAAGUUGCCACAGACUCUGAAAAUGGAAGGGUUAAUCUGGACCAGCUGGGCACUUUGUGGAAGCCAAAGGCACACGCAGUCUGGUUACGUCACAAGCUGGUAAACGUCAUGACGCCCGAAGCGGCGAACGCUCAAGUGCCCCGCCAUCCGCUGCGCCAGCGCUGCUACCGGAUCGUGACCAGCGUGUGGUUUGACAUGUUCAUCUACCUGAUGAUCCUGUGUAACACUCCCGUGAUACUCUGCGAGGUGGCCAUGAAGUCGCCGGCUAAGAUUUACACGCACGUCAUUAAGGGGUUGAACUUAUUCUUCUACAUCAUCUACGUAUUCGAGAUGAUCUUAAAAAUGAUUGCAUUCGGCGUUUGUGGGUACUUCAAGUCCCACUGGAACAAGCUGGACUUCUUCAUUAUUGCGAUGGCUACUGGUGACUUAGCAUUGGACAUAGUAGACACUGUGACUCCUUGGGACAAGUGGAACAACUUCAAUUCAAGCGUCCUGACUGCUACGAAACUGUUAAGGAUGCUGCGGUUUCUUAGGCUUUGCAAGUUGGCUCGGGUGUCAGUUCCAAAAAUCAUGGCAUACAUAGAUCGGAUGAUAGACAUCCAGCUAGCCUAUGGCUAUGACGUCGGAAAGGGUUUCGUCACAGGAGAGCAGGAAGUAUGCAACUUGCUGCCCCAGCUGGUAGAUAACAAGCAGAUACAGGAAACCUUGAAUGCAAGGUUGGAAGCAGAUCGUUUAGCAGUGACGCGUCAGCUGGGACUCCUCCAAAGAGACCGGCCGUGGACCGCCAUCACUGUGAAGACCCGCCAAGCCACUACCUCCACCCUGAACAUCAUGAUGCUGGACGCUAUGCAGCUGAAGGAAGAAGGUUUCCUAGAUGAAAUGGAAUAUCGUUUAUUAGUAAAUGCGAUACAGGAGAAAGUUCAAAUGUGCCGACAUAAGGGCAGUCUAGUUGCACCGUCUUCACCUGAAACUCAACUUCGGGCCGUCUCCUGGCUACAAGGCAACGAGAGAGCAGCGGAUUUCUUUCUGGAAAACUCGGAAAUUAUGAACUAUAAUUACAACGAUAUUCUCAUCUCACGAGGCGACGAGCCUAAAGGCCUUUACAUACUGGUCUCCGGCCUGCUGGAAGCCACGUACGAGCCACCAGAGGGAGACAUGGACGAGGCCAUACCCAACUACGAGUUCCUGACCGACCUGAAGUUCGGAGACCCCAGUCAGGACUACAUAGUGUCGGGAAAUGCCAUUGGAGUACUGGGGGUGCUGACGAGUCGCCCCUACAACUACACGGUGCGCUGCGACUCCGCCGUGCAGGCCUAUUACAUCACCAUGCCGAUCAUCAAGGAGGCCUUCAACCUGGCUCCGCAUCCUAUCAUGGGUCUGGAAGCAGCGAUGUGGCGAGAGAUCGGCAUAAAGCUGGCGAUGAUGGUGCUGCCGACGGUGCCGGCUUACCACGGCUGGUCGGUGGAGAAACUGAGCAUGAGAUUGGAGCAUGCGUUUGUGCCGUGCCUUAAAGCAUUCAAGGUAUUUGUGGUAAAUGAGCUGAUGGAGGACAUAAUUCUGAUUGACGGGGUCUGUCAAGAUAUGGCCACUCGGGAAGUGUUCCAGCCUCCUUGUUACAUACCCAGGACAGCCCACCGCCUGAUCUUCCCAAAGUCCUCCCAGCUGAUGGUGUCCAACUCCUGCCCCGAGACCAUGCUGCUCAUCGUCCCAGCCAAGGAUGCGGAUGAGCUAGACAUCAUGGAAGACGAGCUGGAUGACUUGCAGUGCGAACUGGUUUCCAACGUGUCCUCCCGCUGCCUGUACCACAAAGUGGUCCGCAAGCUGUCAAGCGACUCUCGUGGCGCGGUAGCGCGGCGCGGGCGCAAGCGGCGACGCGGGAAUGCAAGGAGAGUGAACUAUAGAGAGUCUAUGUGGGGGAAGCAGACGUCGAGCGCGCCCGGCAUCGGGACUGAUCAAAGCGAGAAAGAACUCAGUUCUAAAUAUUACAAGCCCAGCCUCGUAGACAUGCAACCCGAAAAGUUGGAGUCGACUCGACAGAAAAGCGAGGUGAGGAUCACCGAGUCCGGUACACCAGAAGAAGAGCUCUACAACACAUUGCUUACAAAGCUCAAGCGAUCUUCGCUUGAAAAGCGAUAAAUCGUUACGAAAUCAAGGUAAAUCAAUUAUUAUCAAUCAAAUCAAGGAUGCUAAUGUACAAAUAUUUUUCAUACAAAUGUAUAGCAUGAAAAUUAUGUAUUUUUUAAAUAACUUGUGGUUUAAUAAUGAUUGUAUCUUUUGAGACGGUUUACCUACUUUAUUAUCGUUUUGAUAACAUUAUAUGUAUUUUUCCUUUACGCUUUGAUAAUGAUUUACAAAAAACUAUUUCGAUGUUUUUAUUUAUACAUAUUUAAAUUUAUAUUAUAUUUUAUUUCGCUAUUUAUUAAACUUCUGAAUAUUUUACUGAAGUUUUCUUAAUUCUCUAUGGGUAACCAACUAUGUUACUUUAAAUAAAACAAAAAGUUUGGUGUUUUCAUUUAUUAAAAUUAAAGAAAAUAUAAAAUUAGUACUAAAAUGUUAGGUCACACAAAUUACCACCAAAAUGAUAUGACCAUUAUAUUUUUUUGAUAAAAUUAAAUCUUUAUAAACUGUAUUGAAAAGAAAUCAGGAAUGUUAACAAAAUGCAUCCGAUUAACAAAGGAUAAUAAAGGACCGAGGGUCUUAGCACCAAAUAAAUAUUUAACCAUUAAACAAUAAUAAUCUGGAAAACAAAUGUCUAAAUAACAAUAUUUUUUAAAUCCACUCUUAUAAUAUUUUUUCUAUCUACAAACCAAUAUUACAUUUAUUUUAGUUGAAAUUUUGAUAGUGGAUUUAUAACAAAUAAAAACAUCAGUUAAAUAAUUUAUUGCUGCACCCCAAUGUUAUUAUUUAUAACAUUUAAAAUAUUCAUGGUUUUUUAAAAAGUAAUAGGAAAAAAUUGCUUUGAAAAUGCAAACAAGGAUGUACACUUUCCCAGUAUUAAAAAAGGUUUUUACUUGUGCAAAAUAAAAUAGCCUUUUUCAAGUCGAAGUAGCAAUAUAAAAGCACACACAAUAGAUUCUUAUAUUAACUUAUUUAGAUAUUUUUUAUCUUAACAUUUUAGUAAUUUUUAACUUUUUUUUACUGACACAAAUUAAAAAGCAGACUAUUUUCAAUAAAAAAUUUAGACAACAACAGUUUUCACAUUGAGCUGUUAUUAACUACUUUUAACAUUAUAAUUAUAACAGUUACAUAUUUAAGUUAUUCUAUUACUACUAUAAUCUUUAAAGUAACUACCUACAAUAGAAAAAGUUGUUGCUUAUUUAAUUGCUUCAGAUGUUAUUGCUUUCAGUAAGAAUUUUUACUGUACAGCACAGAAAAGAAAUCUCAGUUUAUUUUCAUUUAAUCGUCAAUGCUGGAUAAUUAUAUUCAGGUUAACCCCUCAAGGCCUAUGGCUGCCUGAUGCAUGAUCUCACACUACAGUAAUAAGGCAGGCUGUAGCCACUUUUAUAAUUGCACGAA